UUAUUCUCAUUGCUCACAGUGACCACCGCCACCGCCACCGCCACCGCCAUCGCCAUCGGCGCUGCAACUUAUGGUAUCGGAAUUGCCUCCACCUGAAACUUCCUGAGCCGAAGCUGAUACGGCGAGAUGAAAGAGCAAUUUCCUAGAUUGGUCAAGGGGAUUCCUCCAUCCCUGGGGUGGAGCGGAAGAGCUUGCACCUCGGACGGUUGAUUUUGGUCUUGGUAAUGAUCGGUAAAUCGUACGCUUAAUCUGAUUCUCGUUAAUCCGUUUCGAGAAGCUAGACAUAAGAGAUACUUUUAAAGCAAGGUAUAUUAGCCUGUGAAUUGCUGUUAUGGUUAUCGUGCAUUGUGCUUGGGAAGGAGUUCUGUAGUUGCAUAUCAUAGUUUGGGUGAGAUUGGAAUUUCGGAAGGAUUAAAUUGAAAUACUGAAUAGGAAGUUGGAUUAGGGUUCUGGUUGGACUUAUUCCACUCCUCCACCAUGCUAGCAAGGAUUCACUGCUACAAUAGAUUCUUGUUUAGACAUGUUACUGUCAAUAGGCUUUAUUGUUCAGGAGAAUCGAUGCUGGAUUCAUGUGAUGUAGCUAAAAAAGUCUGUAAAAUUAUGGUUUCAUGUCCCAAAAUAGGCAUCAAUGCAGCGCUAGACCAGAGUGGCAUUCGAGUUUCCGAAGAGGAAGUCGAAAAGGUUCUUGAGAAGUUUGAAAAUGCUGGAAUGCUGGCUCACCGAUUCUUCGAAUGGGCCGGAAAGCAAAGAAACUAUGAGCAUAGUGUAAGAGCCUACCAUUUUAUGAUCAAGUCAUUAGCGAAGAUAAGACAGUACGAAAUAAUGUGGGAUUUAGUGAAUAAGAUGCGGAGCAAGGGAAUGCUGAAUGUCGAGACCUUUUGUAUUAUCAUGAGAAAGUAUGCUCGAGCUCAAAAGGUGAAUGAAGCAGUUUAUACGUUUAAUGUAAUGAAGAAAUAUGAUAUGCCGCCGAAUUUGGCUGCAUUUCAUGGCUUGUUGAGUGCUUUGUGCAAGUCAAACAAUGUUAGGAAGGCUCAGGAAAUUUUCGAUGCCAUGAAGAACCAAUUUAGUCCCGAUUCGAAAACUUAUAGCAUUUUGCUAGGAGGGUGGGGAAGGGCUCCAAAUUUGCCGAAAGCUAGGGAAACUUUUAAUGAUAUGGUUGAUUCAGGCUGCAAUCCUGAUAUUGUGACAUACGGGACUCUGGUUGAUAUUCUCUGCAAGGCGGGUCGAACGAAUGAAGCACUUGAUGUUGUCAAGGAGAUGGAGUUCAAUGGCUGUCAGCCGACGUCUUUUAUAUAUAGUGUUUUGAUACAUACAUAUGGGAUUGAAAAUAGAAUCGAGGAUGCUAUAGAUACAUUCCUUCAAAUGGAGAGAAACGGCGUACAGCCUGAUGUGGCCUCGUAUAAUGCCUUAAUCAGUGCAUUCUGUAAAGUCAAAAAGUUCAAGAAUGCGUAUAAGGUGGUGGACGAGAUGGAUACAAAGGGAGUGAGACCCAAUGCCAGGACUUGUAAUAUUCUAAUAAACGGAUUGAUUGCUAGUUCAGAGACCGACGAGGCCAUAAAGGUGUUCCGCAGGAUAACUAAAGUUUGUGAGCCGGAUGCAGAGACAUAUACCAUAAUGGUGAAGAUGUUCUGUGAUCGAGAUGAGAUAGAUAUGGCUUUCAAGUUUUGGAAAUAUAUGAAAUCGAAGCAGUUUUCUCCGAGCAUGCACACAUUUUCUAUACUUAUUAAUGGGUUGUGUGACAAGGCCGAUGUUUCCAGAGCUUGUGUUUUGAUGGAAGAGAUGAUAGAACGAGGAAUUCACCCGGGAAGGCAUACAUUUGCAAAGUUGAGGAAAUUACUCUUGAAGGAUGGGAGAGAAGAUGUACUUGAGUUUUUACAGGAAAAGAUUAACCUUUUGGUCAAGGAACCUCUGUGUGAUUGAGAUUGUGUCCUUUUGAUUCAUAUUGCUGAAAGUUGGUAUCCUCAAGAUCAAGCCCUCUGAUAACCUUUCAAGAACAAAAAUCUUUUGUGAUCUGUAUCCGCAGUUCAAAGGCGUAUCUGUAUAGUUGUUUCUUACAACUCAUGAAUGUCCAUUUUGUAACGCCUAAAUUUCCCGGGUUCCAGCACCAAUUGACGGCCGGAAUUUCCAGUUACGGACAACAAGUUGUUCAGCAAAGGCCCUAGAUUACAAUGGUAUAAACCAUGUGAAUCUUGAUGUAUAUUUGAAAGGCUUGUUCGCCGGGUAAAUGAAUAGCCUCAUCCAUUCGCCUCAGCUGCUGUUGUGCUAACAAUAAACGCAUUGGUGGUGAGGGGAGGACUUGAUGUUGAAUCCAUUUUUAAGGUAUGCUGAUCCGAUUUCCUCUUCAAAGAUUCUGUCCAAGAAACAAAAUCAUGUCUAGAAACACCCGAGAAUAGAGCAGACAAUUCGACAAUAACUGAGUCAUGGGUAGAAACAAUCCUUAUAACUGAGUCAUGGGUAGAAACAAUCCUUAGUUCGAACUUCAUCCUUAGAAUGUUCUUCCAUUUUCUGUUAUAUAUAGAACUUAGUUUUCUUUCAAUUAUAUAUAAAAUGACCCUUAUCUUGUGUUA